AUGAAAUUCUUCAGUUACAUUCUGGUUUAUCGCCGAUUUCUCCUCGUGGUUUUCACUGUGUUGGUUUUACUGCCUCUGCCCAUCGUCCUCCGCACCAAGGAAGCAGAAUGUGCCUACACACUCUUUGUGGUCGCCACAUUUUGGCUCACAGAAGCAUUGCCUCUGUCGGUAACAGCUUUGCUGCCUAGUUUAAUGUUACCCAUGUUUGGGAUCAUGCCUUCUAAGAAGGUGGCAUCUGCUUAUUUCAAGGAUUUUCACUUACUGCUAAUUGGAGUUAUCUGUUUAGCAACAUCCAUAGAAAAAUGGAAUUUGCACAAGAGAAUUGCUCUGAAAAUGGUGAUGAUGGUUGGUGUAAAUCCUGCAUGGCUGACGCUGGGGUUCAUGAGCAGCACUGCCUUUUUGUCUAUGUGGCUCAGCAACACCUCGACGGCUGCCAUGGUAAUGCCCAUUGCGGAGGCUGUAGCGCAGCAGAUCAUCAAUGCAGAAGCAGAGGUCGAGGCCACUCAGAUGACUUACUUCAACGGAUCAACCAACCACGGACUAGAAGUUGAUGAAAGUGUUAAUGGACAUGAAAUAAAUGAGAGGAAAGAGAAAACAAACCCAGUUCCAGGAUACAAUAAUGAUACAGGGAAAAUUUCAAGCAAGGCGGAGUUGGAAAAGAACUCAGGCAUGGGAACCAAAUAUCGAACAAAGAAGGGCCACAUGACAUGUAAACUUAUGUGUUUGUGCAUUGCCUACUCUUCUACCAUUGGUGGACUAACAACAAUCACUGGUACCUCCACCAACUUGAUCUUUGCAGAGUAUUUCAAUACACGCUAUCCUGAUUGUCAUUGCCUCAACUUUGGAUCAUGGUUUACGUUUUCCUUCCCGGCUGCUCUUAUCAUUCUACUCUUAUCCUGGAUCUGGCUUCAGUGGCUUUUCCUAGGAUUCAAUUUUAAGGAGAUGUUCAAAUGUGGCAAAACCAAAACAGUCCAACAAAAAGCUUGUGCUGAGGUGAUUAAGCAAGAAUACCAAAAGCUUGGGCCAAUAAGGUAUCAAGAAAUUGUGACCUUGGUCCUCUUCAUUAUAAUGGCUUUGCUAUGGUUUAGUCGAGAUCCUGGAUUUGUUCCUGGUUGGUCUGCACUUUUUUCAGAGUACCCUGGUUUUGCUACAGAUUCAACUGUUGCUUUACUUAUAGGGCUGCUAUUCUUUCUUAUACCAGCUAAGAGAUUGACUAAAACUACACCUACAGGAGAAAUUGUUGCUUUUGAUUACUCUCCACUGAUUACUUGGAAAGAAUUCCAGUCAUUCAUGCCCUGGGAUAUAGCCAUUCUUGUUGGUGGAGGGUUUGCCCUGGCAGAUGGUUGUGAGGAGUCUGGAUUAUCUAAGUGGAUAGGAAAUAAAUUAUCUCCUCUGGGUUCAUUACCAGUAUGGCUAAUAAUUCUGAUAUCUUCUUUGAUGGUCACAUCUUUAACUGAGGUAGCCAGCAAUCCAGCUACCAUUACACUCUUUCUCCCAAUAUUAUCUCCAUUGACCGAAGCCAUUCAUGUGAACCCUCUUUAUAUUCUGAUACCUUCUACUCUGUGUACUUCGUUUGCAUUCCUCCUACCAGUAGCAAAUCCACCCAAUGCUAUUGUCUUUUCAUAUGGUCAUCUGAAAGUCAUUGACAUGGUUAAAGCUGGACUUGGUGUCAACAUUGUUGGUGUUGCUGUGGUUAUGCUUGGCAUAUGUACCUGGAUUGUACCCAUGUUUGACCUCUACACUUACCCUUCGUGGGCUCCUGCUAUGAGUAAUGAGACCAUGCCAUAA